AUGGCGAGCAACGACGAAGAGGCCCGGCGCAUCCUCGAAGAGACGUGGGGCACGCUGGACGAAGAAGCGCGCGCGUUCCUCAGGUCGCGCACGGGGAUCGAGGAGGAGGCGCGGCUGAAGGAACACAUCCUGGAGGUGCAGGCGGGCGCGUUCGCGGUGCACAAGUACAGAUGCGUCCAGAACUUUAGCUUCUUGAAGCUGAAGAUUUCGCGCAUGCCUGCAUAUGAGCAGUUGUUGAAGCUGGGCCGUGAGCGCGAGGGCGCGCUCUUCCUGGACAUAGGCUGCUGCUUCGGUAAUGACAUCCGCAAGGCUGUAGCGGACGGCUUUCCCGUGGCAAACGCCAUCGGUUCAGACCUUUACGCUGCGUUCUGGGACCUCGGCCACAAGCUCUUCAACGACAGCCCCGAGACGUUCCCAGUGCCCUUCCUCGCGGGUGACGCCUUCUCGCCCUCCUUCCUCCAGCAGAGCCCGCCCUCCCACUCGCCGCCCCCCACGCCCGCGCCCUCCCUGGAAGAGCGCGGCACCCUAACCCCGCUGCUGGGGCACGUCUCCGCCAUCCACGCCUCGUCCUUCUUCCAUCUCUUCAAGGAGGCCCAGCAGGCCGCGCUCGCACGGUCCCUCGCGGGGCUGCUCUCGCCUGCGCCGGGGUCGGUGAUCUUCGGCGCGCACGGCGGGCGGUCGAGAAAGGGGCUGCGGGGCGAGGUCGCGCGGGGCCUGUGGCGGGCGGAGCCGAUGUGGUGCCACGACCCGGAGAGCUGGAGGGCGCUGUGGGACGGGGAUGUGUUUGAGAAGGGGACCGUGAGGGUGGAGGCGGUGCUGAAGGAGGGCCAUGCGCGCUGGGAGGGGGUCAGCGAGGAUGGGGGGAGGCCGGGCUCGUUGAUAUGGUCCGUCACUAGACUGUGA